AGCAGCAACAGGGCACAAACAUGAAGGAAAGGAGUGGAGUUUGUCUGGCGUGGAAAGUGCUGCUGCUGGUGGGGUUGUGUGCACUGCUGCUGCUGAGCUCAGGAGCUUUGGUGUUCCUGCUGGUUCGACAGAAGGAGCUGACGGAGGAGCUGGUGCGGCUGGAGGCUCAGAUGCAGGAGCUGUCCCAGAGCUGCAGGCUGCAGGCGGGGGUCCUGAACCAAGACCCUGCAGAGCCCAGAGAGCUGAGGAAGCUCCAACGCAGCAGAAGACACCAGGAGGAGGAUCUGACCCAAGAGGAGAAGGACAUGAUGAUGAUGAUGGCAUACUCCAUGGUUCCUGUCAAAGCCCUCAUGGAUCUGUGUAACGGCUCCAGAGGAGUCUGUUUAACAGGUCCACCUGGCCCAAAAGGUUUGCCAGGUAGAGCGGGGUCAGCAGGACAGCAGGGAGUGCCCGGGCUGGAGGGGAGACGAGGGAGGAGAGGACGUCCAGGUGAAAAAGGAGAAUGCAGAACCAAAGGAGACCCUGGGCCCCCCCGACCUAAAGGAGAGACCUACAAUGACAUUCUCGUUGAAGGUCCUCCUGGUCCGAGGGGCCCAGCCGGCCCACCUGGUUCCCCAUGUCCUGCUUGGUACUGUAAUAAUGAAGUGAGAAACAACACCAUCGAAGAACACAUCCAUCAAAACAACAUGUUGACGGACUCAUCUCCUUCUUUGGCGGAUAAAGAAAACAGCAGCUCAACAAUAAACAACACUGAACCACCAACACCACACGCAGCCAAUGAGAGCCAAGACGUAUUGAAUGUUACUGCCUUUAAAGAAACUCUCAACACAAGUAAAGAGUCUGAGUCAGUAUCAGGUCAUCCUGAGUAUGGCCACGACACCUUGAACGAGACCAACUCAGAGAAUGUCACAGAAGCAUCAAUCAGAUUAUUAACAGCCCCACUUUCUCAAGACCAAAACAGUGGCGCCUUCAAUGGCAGUGGAAUCAUUACGGACUUCCCAAUGAAAAGUGAUUUAGUGUCACCGCGUCCAGCCUACAGGCAUGACACGUGGACUGAAAACAGCACACGAAAUGUUACAGAGGCAUCAAUAAAGUUAUUAGCAGUCUUACCAACGCAACAUCGAGCUCAUGAAGCCGCAGAUGAUAUUAAUGUUACUGACACUGAGAUACUUCGAGAUACAGAUUCUGCUCCACUGUCUGAAGACCAAAACAGCGAUUCCUUCAAUAACAGUGGAGCCAUUAUUGAUGCAUCCAUUAAAAGUGAAUCACCAACUCCACAUCCAACAACCAACAGAGAUGUUUCUGACUCUGAGAAACUCCAAAACAUAAAAGUGGAAACUGAGUCAGUAUCACUUAACCAGGAUGGUGGUAAUGGCACAUUGAACAAUGCCAAUAGAGAACAUGCUACAGAGGCAACAAUAACAAUAUUAAGAGCUCCACUUUCUGCAGACCAACACAGUGAUGCCUUUAGUAACAGGGGAACCAUUAUUGAUAAACCCAUGAGAAGUGAAUCACCUACUCCACAUUCAACUGACAACAACAGAGAUGUUUCUGACUCUGAGAAACAUCAAGACAUAAAAGUGGAAACUGAGUCAGUAUCACUUUAUCCAGGAAACGGUCAUGGCGCACUGAAGGAUAUCAAGAGUGAACAUCCUACAGAGGCAACAUUGACAUUAGUAACAGCUCCGGAUUCUGCAGAACAAAGCAAUGAUGCCUUUAAACACAGUGGAACCAUUAUUGAUAAACCCAUGAUAGGUGAAUCACCAACACCAUAUUCAACUGAGAUCUACAGAGAUGUUUCUCACUCUGAGAAACAUCAAGACACAACCUUUGAAGCUGAGUCUGUAUUGCUUCCUCAAAACGACAGCCACGACAUAUCGAAGGACACCGAAAGGGUCAAUGCUACAGAGGCGACAAUAACAGCUCCACUGUCUGCGGACCAAAACAGUGAUGCACUCAAUAAUGCUACACAGCCAUCAUUGAAAGCCUCACUAUCUGUAGACCUGGAAAGGGUCAACAACACUGGAAACAUUAAUGAUACACCCAUGGAAAGGGACUCAUCAUAUCCACUCCAAACUAUUAACAGGAUAAAUGUGAAAAACAAUGAACGAUUGACAAAAACUGCGUGCAACAUUAGAAACAUUAAAUGUUCAGAGAAAGCCACCAAAAUGCAAAGCACUUUUGGAGCCUGGAUGUCCGAUGCAUCCCAGGUGGAUCAAGAUCGAUACUGGCUGGCCGAUCAUUUUUCAGGUCGACUUCUGGUGGAGCACAGGAACAUUUCAGCAUCACCGGAUACAAGAACCAAGACGAUAGAUGCCAAGGGGUUCUUCCAGGGCUGUGGUCAUGUCGUUUACAAGAGCUCAUUUUAUUUUCACAACGGAGGAACAAACAGACUUAGAAAAUUUGACCUGAACACCAGGAGAACCAAAACUCUGACCAUGGCAAACAGCAGAUAUAACAACCUGAACUAUCUUUCCCGCAACUCAAAGACGUAUUUCAAGUUUGCAGUGGAUGAAAACGGACUGUGGGUCAUUUUUGCAGCAGAUACAGAAGAUGAUACAAUGGUUGCAAAGUUAAAUCCUGACACAUUCUCUGUGGAGUCUGUCAUUAACACUCACUACCCUACAACUAAAGCAGGCAAUGCUUUCAUUGUAUGUGGGGUGCUAUAUUUUACAGAUGAUAAAGACAGAAGAGUCACAUAUGCCUUUGAUUUGAUGAGAGAGAGUCCUCUGGAUGCAAGUUUUGAUUUGAGGCCAGCUAAUGGCACCCUGGCUAUGCUGUCUUAUUACCCGAACAAAAAAGUUCUGUACAUGUGGGACAACAGCAGUGUAAAGAUCUGCAAGGUCAAACUCAAAUACACCUAAGAAUUACCACAAACCUUGUAAGUAAUAAAGUUAUUUUUCAACUCCCAUUCAGUUGAAAUUAAUUUAUUGACCACAAUGCUUGAUUUAAGCAGCAUGAAGGAUGAAGGGUAAUUUGUAAUUUUUGUAUUAACCUCUUCUACACAGCACCCCCGAUACCGGGGGGAUAACCCGUCAUCUGCAGGAAUCUGCACAAAGCUAGCACCUCUGAAUUAGCUAUGAGCGAAACAAUCUUAAGGCCAUUAGCACAGAACUCUAACUACACUGAUCGAUAUACUUAUUGUAUCUGCACAAACAAGCUUAGAUAACAUCCUGAGAGUCCACAGAUUAUAGAAAUAUAAGGAUCAUUACUGAGCGAUCUGAACUCGUGACAGGGGAAGCAAAUACAAACACGGAGAUAUGCUCACUUUAGCUGUUAUUCUGAUCAAAAGUCGUGUUCAAUGGCAUUAAAACGAGAAAAAACGCGGCUGAAGGUUAAUCCAUAGGUUAUAGCAAUGUGUCUGUCACUUUGAAAAAAAUAUUGAUAGUCCAUAAUUCAAUUUUUAUGCAAAAAUCGGAGAAGAAAAA